GGAGCUGGAGAAAGAGCAGUUGGACAGGAAGAGUGGAGAAAAAAAAGUAGUUUAAAAACUGAAAGGAAGAUGCAGAAAUACUUCGUAGAUGAGCAGAGAAGAUGAUUAGAAAAGGAAAGAAUUUGUGGAAAAAUAAGCACAUAUGAAGGCGUGUCUGCUGGCGGACCUAAUUCAGCUCCUUCAGCUCCUGGUGGAAAUAAUCACAGUCAGAAAAGACUGAGAUGAUGUGGACAGCAGCUGCCCUCCUGCUGCUUUUGCCUUCACUUCUUUCCUACGCAGACAAAGAGAACAGAGGUAAUAUAAACCAAUCAGAAUUAGACAAUCGAGAUUUCGCUGAUGUUCCUGUCAAAGAUCAGAAACCUCUUGGUGAAGUCAAAGGUCAGGACUCAUGCACCAUCCCGUGUGACAUCACUGUCAAACUCCUGCGAGAUGAGAAACAAUCCAUUUGUGGUCAGCUGCAGCAGUCUUUGCUUGCGUUUGGACGCAGCAACAGAAAACUGAUGAGGGAUGUGAUGGAGGCGCAACAGAGAGCUCUGGACAUCCUAAGCAGUCAGGUCACAGAGUUGAUGACCAAAGUGCAAACGCUCAGCUUGGAAGUUCAGAGAAGCAACACUGAGAUGUACUCCAUGAAACCUGUACAAUCUCAUGGACGAGACUGCAGCGACAUCAAGGACAACCUCGUGUCAGUCGUCCCCAAGAUCCCGAGUGGCAUUUACAUAGUCCACCCAGAGAACACUGACUCUUCAUUUGAGGUUUUCUGUGAGAUGGACUAUAUGGGAGGCGGAUGGACGGUGAUGCAGAGGAGGAGUGACGGUUUAACUGACUUCAAAAGAUCCUGGGAUGGCUAUGUCGAUGGCUUUGGACACCUUGCAGGAGAACACUGGUUGGGCCUGAGGAAGGUGUUUCACAUAGUAAACCAGAAGGAUACUCGAUUCCAGCUUCACAUUGCUCUAGUCUCCCAUGACGAUGUCACCUCUUAUGCAUCGUAUGAUGACUUCCGCCUUGACAGUGAAACGCAGUUCUUCAGCAUACACCUGGGCAGAUAUGCAGGUAGCGCAGGUGAUGCGUUUCGAGGCUACAACCAGGAACAGAACCAGGACACGGCACCGUUCAGUGCCUCAGAUGUCGACAAUGAUGGCUGCAACCCUUUCUGCUUCAUUGGCAAUUGCACGGUGGAGAGCUGCAGCAUUCACCACAACCACACGGGGUGGUGGUUCAAUCAGUGCGGUCUGGCAAAUCUCAACGGCUCUCCCGAAGACACCGAGCGAAACCAGGGGCAGAGGAUGCACAUCGUGUGGGACACCUGGAGACACAACGGAGUCCCCUACACCAUCAAAUCUGUCACCAUGAAGAUCAGGAGGAUUGCAACCAAUAAUUGAGAGAUGAUGGGAAGAAAUGGAUCAUUGCAAUGCAUGACUGAAAGCUUCAUUAAAACAGAAUAUAGUUCUUCUGGAUUACUAUUUUCACUGUGACCAACAUAAAAUAAAAUAAGAUCAGCCAAUUA